GAUGCUUGGGUAACAGCGUGAACUGCGUGCUUGUCGCAGCUUGUGGGGGUCUUACAGCCACUAGCUGCGACUGCGCGGCACGUCAGCUCUCGCGCUCCUUGAAAGGCGCCAAGUGACUCCACAUCUUUUACCGCUGUGACCCGCGCUUGGCGCAGGAGACCUAGAGUGGACGAUCACGUACCCCAAAACCCGAAAAAUGGUGCUGGGGUACAGGCCAGAGAUGCAAGGGGUGAGAAGAUUCACCAGAGACAGAGUGGGGAACAGACCAGGAAGAUUGACUGAAGUACACUGCUGAGGGGAGCAGCGGACAAGUCAGGAGAGGAAAGCUCAUAAAAGAUUUGAUGCCCAGUGGCCUGGGGUAACCACAUGAAUGAAAACAGGAGUUUGGGAUGUACCCUGUUGUUUUCAUAAACAGGACUCAGUGAUCUUUGAGGAUGUGGCUGUGAACUUCACCCCAGAAGAAUGGGCCUUGCUAGAUCCUUCACAGAAGAAACUGUACAGAGAUGUGAUGCGGGAAACCUUGAGGAACCUGGCCGCAAUAGGGGGGAAAAAGGAUGACCAUAACACUGAAAAUCAGUACAGCAACCAAGGAAGAAACCUAAGAAGUCAUGUGACAGAAAGACUAUGUGAAGGAAAUAAAGGUAAUCAACAAGAAGGAAACUUCAGUCUUAAUCUUAACAAGAAAACCUCUACUGAAGUAAAACCAUGGAAGUGCAAUGAGUGUGGGAAAGCCUUCAUGAGUAAUUCAUCCCUUAAAAAGCACAUGAGAUCUCACAAAGCACACAAACCACAUAAGUAUCAGGGAUGUAGAAAGAAGCCUUACAAGUGCAAGGAAUGUGGGAAAGCAUUCAGUUAUCUCCAGCCUUUUCAAAAACAUGAAAGAAACCACAGUAUAGAGAAAUCCUAUAAAUGUAAGGAAUGUGGGAAAUCCUUUCGAUAUCGUCAGUCUGUUCGCAAACACGAAAGGACUCACACUGGAGAAAAACCCUAUCAGUGUAAACAAUGUGGAAAAGCCUUUAGAUAUCAUCAAACCUUUCAGACACAUGAAAGGACUCACACAGGAGAGAAACCGUAUGAAUGUAAGCAAUGUGGGAAAGCCCUCAGCUGUCCUAGUUCUUUUCGAAGUCAUGAAAGGACACAUACUGGAGAAAAACCUUAUGAAUGUAAAAAGUGUAGUAAAGCAUUCAGUUGUCCCAGUUCUCUUCGAAAACAUGAGAGAACUCAUACUGGAGAGAAACCCUAUGACUGUAAGCAAUGUGGGAAAGCCUUCAUUUCUCUUGGAAGCUUUCAAAGACACAUGAUUACGCACACUGGAGUUGGACCUUACAAAUGUAAGGAAUGUGGGAAAGCAUUCAAUUGUCCCAGUUCUUACCGAAUACAUGAAAGAUCUCACACUGGAGAAAAACCCUAUGAAUGUAAACAAUGUGGUAAAGCCUUCAGUUGUUCUAGUUCCUUUCGAACACAUGAAAGAACUCAUACUGGAGAGAAACCCUAUAGAUGUAAUGAAUGUGGAAAAGCCUUUCAUUGGCUCACCACUUUUCAAGUCCAUGUGAGAACUCACACUGGAGAGAAACCCUAUAUAUGUAAGCAAUGUGGUAAAGCCCUCAGUUGUCCAACAUCCUUUCGAAGGCAUGAAAGGACUCACACUGCAGAGAAACCUUAUGAAUGUAAACAAUGUGCUAAAACCUUCAGUUCUCCUCUAGGUUUGCAAAUACAUGGAAGAACUCACACUGGAGAGAAACCCUAUGAAUGUAAGGAAUGUGGAAAAGCAUUCAUUUCUCUCACAAGCUUUCGAAGACACAUGAUGACACACACUGGAGAUGGACCUUAUAAAUGUAAGGAAUGUGGGAAAGCAUUUAAUUGCCCCAGCUCUUUUCGAAUACAUGAAAGAACUCACACAGGAGAGAAACCCUAUGAAUGUAAGAUAUGCAGUAAAGCCUUUAGUUGUUCCAGUUAUGUUCAAGUACACGAAAGAACUCAUACUGGAGAGAAACCCUAUGAAUGUAAGGAAUGUGGAAAAGCCUUCAUCUAUCGAACAACCUUUCGAGGACACAUGAGAGUGCAUACUGGAGAGAAACCUUAUAAAUGUAAUGAAUGUGGGAAAGCCUUUAGUCGACCUAGUUCAUAUCGAAGCCAUGAAAGAAUUCACACUGGAGAGAAACUACUUGAGUGUAAGCAUUGUGGGAAAACCUUCAAUUGGCCCACAUCCCUACAUAAGCAUGUGAUAAGGAUGCAUACCAGAUAGGUAAAUUACAACUGAAAAAUACAGGAAAAGCUUUUGGUUUUAACUAAUAUAUUCAAAGUUAUGUAAAAUUACAUUUAUAUAAGUACUGCAAAUGUAAGUAAUGGAAAAGCCUGGUGCAAAUAAGUCACAUAGAAUCAUCUAUAAAAUUCAUAACAUGAAGGAAAUAUUUUAGAAUUUCAAAUAUAUUGUCCUUAUCAGUGACUAUGAAACUCAGUCACUGGAUUAUGGAUUCUACUUGUUACUUUUGCAAGUAGAACAUUGAGUCUUUAAUAAGUUCUCUUAGAUGAAUAGCACAUAAGCUUUAUAGGUGUUUUUUUUUUCCUUAAGUCAACUUAUGAAAUUUUUCUCUUUCCAUUUAACAUAUAUUUCUAAUAUGCAAGCAGAGUUGAUUUUUGUAUAAUCUUUAAAUUGUUCUAUAAGUUCAGUAACCACUGUAUAAUGACACUUCAGUGUUCAUUGCGAUUUUCCUACAGGCUUCAUGGUCACUACUGACUAUUCCUUGUCUGUUAUAAAUACUAGUCCUUACAUAUUAGAAAACCCCCUUUAAUCAAAAAGAGCCUUAUUCUAUUUACCUUGCUAGUGAAUAGUUGACAGAAAUUUAUAAGUAUGCAAAGUUUGUCAGAAUAUACUCUCACUUGAAUGAUAAUUUACACCUUUUCCCAUUAAUCUUGCUGGCUCUUUCAAACUGUGACUUGGAUAAUAGACUUUACACUAAGAACUCUAAAGAGAUAAUAAAUUGUAGGAUUGGAGAUGCCCCCUUCCCCAGAAUGUGUUAUUGCAGCGUGGGUAAUGUUGGGAUAUAUAUUUUCUAGAACAUGUCCCAAAUUCAAAUUUACCAAUAACAUCACUUGAUUCUGAAGGUACAAGCAAAGAAUACCUUCAUUUUGGGAACCACAGUACAGAAAAGGAUGGAUAUACCAGAAUUUCACAUGCCUGCUUUCAGCCCAUUUUUCUGAUUCUUCACCCUGCCAGCCAAGAAUACAUACUGCGUGAUUUCCAUUUUCUCAGAGCUGUUAUGAUGGAGAAUAUUCUCUGAAGCUCUGUUCUCCUUGUCUCAUGUAUUUGUGUAAGAUUUGAUUUGUACAGUAAAAAUCUUAAAUACACUAUAACUGUGUGUUCCUGAUUCUGGGUUACUAAGAAGAGCCUUGUGGGAAAUUUUCAUCUAGUUCAUGUGUAGUGACUACUCUGACCUGGUCCUUCCUGUGAGAUUUAUCACACCAUACCUACCACCAAAGCACCAUUAUCUAUUCCUCUUCCUGAUAGGAUAUAUUAGACCACUGUAAUUGUAGACUUUAGAUCAACUUUGUAACUGUCAAAUUGGUCAUACUUUUUGAGCCACUGUUACAAAAUAUUGAUACAUAUGGUAUUUUCCCUCAGGCAAAUUUAUUUUUUAUUCUUUUAUAUCAUAAUUUUUGUCAUGAAACUAAUUUCUCAUUCAUUCUUAAUUAAAAAUUUGAAUCAUGGUCUUGCCUUAUUACCAGGAUCAUACCAAUAGUCAAAGGGGUGUGAUGAAUCAUGAUUACAAUGAUUGCAGACCUCAUAUGUAAUGGGUUUUAUCAGCAAGACAAAUUUCAAAAGGUGAUAGAUUUGGGUUUAUGUUAGGUAAUGGGAUUAGUAUUCAAGGAAAGAAUGUUUCUAUGUAUUAGAUACUGUCUCCAGCAAGCAUGGUGAUUAUUAUCUGAACAGAGAAUUUCUUAUAGUAUAUGGUGAAUUGUCAGAGAAUACAAACUACCAAGGGAUAAAAAUAGGGUCCCUCUUGAAAGCAAGCUACUCUUGCACAGACAUUAUGCUCUUGAGCUAAUUUUUCAGCAUCCUUCCUCUAUCAGGCUGUGCACAUUCAGAACUUAUACAAUUUAGCACAAAUAAUCAAGGCAUUAUACUCUGUAUAUAGAAGUGUAAGAAAUAAGUUCCUCUAGUCCUGGUCUGUAUUUUUUUUUUUUUUUAAAGAUUUAUUUAUUUAUUUAUACAAGCAAUGGGUACAGUCAGAAGCGCGGGGAGGGUGAGAGAAUUCACCAGAGCCAGAGCAGGGAACAGAACAGGCAGACUGAUGAAAUACACUGCUGAGGGGAGCAGCGGGCGGCAGGAGAGGUCUGCGUGCCAUGUGGGACUCUGGCUCAGUGGCCGGGGAUCGAACUGGUGCUGCAGAGGCUGCGGGCAGCUUCGCAACCCAGUGCUCAACCGCUGCACCACCGGGGAGACCCCCUGGUCUGUAUAUUUUCAUGGGAAAAGAGAAAAUAACCAAUGGCACUAUUUUGUUUUAUUUAUAAGAUGGAAAUAAGAGCUUUGAAGGAAAGUUAACAAUUACAUGUAAAGUAAGGAUGAAAGUAUGUUCCCUGUAUGUUGCAUAAGGAUGUUCAAGAGGUGACCUGAGAAUGGCAAGGAAAAGGGCUGACAGAAACGCUGAGCAGACUCACAUAUGCCAGUACGGCAAACUGGGAGGGACGCCCUGUACUGUGCCAUCCUUGGAAACCUCCUUGGGCUUAACUUAGUGCAGCAGAUAUCCACAAGGAUAGGCAUGUCCAGAUAAGCCCAAGGGCUCAUGUACAUGGCAUGCUUGGGCUCACAUACAUGGUGUGUGAGGGACGGUUGUUUUGUUUUCUCUGACUUAUGAUAAAAUGCAGACGUCCUUGUUCACAAUUCCUGUAUUACCAUUCUGGGAAAAAUAAAGAAUCACUGCUUGUAGCUGACAGUAGUUUCCCGUCUGGUGGGUCCUUCUCAAUCAGCGUCCCAGGUCUCAGAGCCCCCUUGAGGCUCACACUGUAGAAGGUUGGGGCCUCUAAUUGGAGAUGUCAACAUU